AUGCUUCGAUGGACGCUUCAGCGAGCGUGCGCAAAGGGCAAACAUCCGAGCGUGGGCGCGUCGCUGGCUGACGCGGCGUCAGCAGCCGCAUCGUCGUCAUCGUCGUCGUCGUUCCCGACGCUGUCAACAUCGUCCUCCUCCACGUCCUCCUUCGCGCCGCCCGCGUCGGUGGCGUUUGUCACGCACGCGGAUGACGGCAACAAGAUGUCCAUCACAAUUCGUAGUGGCGGUAAUCGGCGGCCGCUGAAGGCAGCGACGCAGCUCCCAGAGCCGGUGAAACGCAUCAUGUUCGUGCGCGGCGGCAAAAGCCUCGCCAACGUGGACAUCGGUACAUACGUGACGACGCCUGACUGGCGCAUUCCCAUCGUGCCGGAGGGUGAAGAGGAGAGCUACCGCGCGGGCCGGCGCGUGGCGGAGAUUGUCGGCAACGAGUCGGUCUACUUUUACUUCUCGCCGUACCUGCGCUCCCGGCAGAGCUUCAAGCACAUGCUGCGCGGCUACGACGAUUACAGGAGCGACACCAAGAUGGAAGGCGAGCACAUCAUCGGCGUGCGCGAGGACGUGCGGCUGCGUGACGGCGAUAUUGGCCGCUACAAGACGAAGGAGGAGGUCCUCUUCCACCUAGAACAACGCGAGGUGUACGGAAAGUUUUUCUACCGCUUCCCCUACGGCGAGAGUGGCGCGGAUGUCUGCGAUCGCGUCACCAGCUUCCUCGAUGCCUUUCAGCGGGAAAGGCUGUACUUCCCAAUGGACACAAACGUCGUCAUUGUGACGCACGGGCAGACGAUACGCAUGUUUAUGAAACGCUGGUUCCACUUGACAGUAGAAACGUACCACAUGAUGGUGUCGCCGCCGCCUGGGUCGAUUAGCACACUGACACGCAUGCACCACCGCAGCCGUUUCCGCCUUGACGACAGUUGUGUUGAGGCAAUGAAGCUUCCCCUCUCACUUAAUGAAUUCAACGGCUACAAGUACCGGAACAAACAACUCUUAGGGUCGAUGAGUACCGGGGCGCCAUUCAUGUGA